AUGUCUACUCAGGAAAAUACACCUGUUGGUCAUUUGACUCCAAGAGCUUCCGGAUCUCAUUCCGUUUUAUCCACUCCAUCUAACAAGGCUGAAAGAGAUGAUGCUAAGGAUUUGAACUCUAUGGCUGCUCCAGAACCAGCCAUUGAUAUCCCAAAGAGACCAGCUUCUUCUUACGUUGGUGUCUCCAUUUUGUGUCUAAUGAUCGCUUUCGGUGGUUUUGUCUUUGGUUGGGAUACUGGUACCAUUUCUGGUUUCGUUAACUUGUCUGAUUUCCUUAAGAGAUUUGGUCAACGUAACAGUGCGAAUACUUACUUGUCUAAGGUUAGAAUGGGUUUGAUUGUUUCUAUCUUCAACAUUGGUUGUGCUAUCGGUGGUUUGGUUCUUUCCAAGAUCGGUGAUGUCUACGGUCGUCGUAUUGGUUUGGUUGCUGUCACUGUCAUUUAUGUCGUUGGUAUCUUGAUUCAAAUCUGUUCUUUCGACAAAUGGUACCAAUACUUUAUCGGUAGAAUUAUCUCUGGUCUAGGUGUUGGUGGUAUCGCUGUUUUGUCUCCAAUGUUGAUUUCCGAAGUUUCUCCAAAGCAAAUUAGAGGUACUCUAGUCUCUUGUUACCAACUGAUGAUCACUCUAGGUAUCUUCUUGGGUUACUGUACUAACUACGGUACCAAGACAUACGAUGACUCCACUCAAUGGAGAGUUGGUCUAGGUCUAUGUUUCGCUUGGGCCAUCUUCAUGAUUGCUGCUAUGUUCUUCGUUCCAGAAUCUCCACGUUACUUAGUUGAAGUUGGUAACUUCGAAGAAGCAAAGCGCUCUCUAUCUAGAUCCAACAAGGUUUCUGUCGAUGAUCCAGCUUUGUUGGCUGAAUUGGAUGCCAUUUCCGCUGGUGUGGAAGCUGAAAGAUUGGCUGGUAACGCUUCCAUCGGUGAAUUGUUCUCUACCAAGACCAAGGUUUUCCAACGUUUGAUUAUGGGUGUCAUGUUGCAAUCUUUGCAACAAUUGACUGGUGACAACUACUUCUUCUACUACGGUACUACCAUUUUCAAGUCUGUCGGUUUGAAAGAUUCUUUCCAAACAUCUAUCAUUAUUGGUGUUGUCAACUUCUUCUCUACUUUCGUUGGUAUCUACUGUAUCGAAAGAUUUGGUCGUCGUACUUGUUUGCUAUGGGGUGCCGCUUCCAUGGUCUGUUGUUUCGUCGUGUUUGCAUCUGUCGGUGUUACGAAGCUAUGGCCAGAAGGUCCUAGCCAUCAAGAUAUUUCUUCCAAGGGUGCUGGUAACUGUAUGAUCGUCUUUACCAUGUUUUUCAUCUUCUGUUUCGCUACUACCUGGGCUGGUGGUUGUUACGUCAUCGUCUCUGAAUCUUUCCCAUUGAGAGUCAAGUCCAAGGGUAUGGCUAUUGCUACAGGUGCUAACUGGCUAUGGGGUUUCUUGAUCUCUUUCUUCACUCCAUUCAUUACAGGUGCCAUCAACUUCUACUACGGUUACGUCUUCAUGGGAUGUUUGGUCUUCUCCUUCUUCUAUGUGUUCUUCUUUGUUCCAGAAACUAAAGGUUUGACUUUGGAAGAAGUUAACACCAUGUGGCUCGAAGGUGUCCUACCAUGGAAGUCUGCUUCUUGGGUUCCACCAGACAGAAGAGGUGCUGACUACAACGCUGAAGAAAUGGCUCACGAUGAUAAGCCAAUGUACAAGAGACUUUUCUCCAGAAACUGA